AUGGGCACCUCAGGAGAGGACAAUGUGGAGCCAAUCGCGUUCUAUGGGGGGGAGGUUAAGGAGGAGGCGCCAGCUAAGAGUCGCUCUCAACGAGUGCAAUCGCCUCGUGCUGCAGUUCCGCUUCUCCUUCUUCAUCAGCUCCUUCUAUUUCCCUUCCCUUUGUCUCUUUUCCCACCUUUCCAGUCAUUCCUGCACCGAGUGGCUCUCAACGUGCGCAACCGGCUAGUGCUGCAGUUCCACCUCUCUUUCUUCACCAACCUCUGCGACUUCGCCACCAUCUUUGUCCCCGCCGUCAUCGUGGCACCGCGAUACUUCUCUGGGGAGGUAAGUGCCGCCCCUUUCCUCCCCUGGGUCAUCGUACCCAUUUGCCCCACCCGUCUCUCCUUCUUCACCAACCUCUACGACUUUGCCACCAUCUUUGUCCCCGCCGUCAUCGUGGCACCGCGAUACUUCUCUGGGGCGGUAAGUGUGCUGCCCCUCCCGUGUGGCCUCUCCUCUCACCCAUCUGUCAAUUCACCAACCUCUAAAUAUUUGCCACCAUCUUCGUCCCGGCAGUCAUCGUCGCGCCACGAUACUUCUCUGGGGCGAGCUGUGAGAGCUGCUCCUUCCCUCCCCUGGUCCGCUGUUCCCCUGCGGCCCCACCCACCUCUCCUUCUUCACCCACCUCAUAUCAACUUUGCCACCAUCUUCGUCCCGGCGGUCAUCGUCGCCUCGCGCUACUUCUCCGGAGCUGUGGAGUUUUGCGUGAUAGCGCAGGCAGGCUACGCCUUCAGCACCAUCUACCGCGCACUCACAGUCAUUGUGCUCAACUUCAAUCCUUCAGAGUUUGGCAUGAUUGCGCAGGCAGGCUAUGCCUUCAGCACCAUCUAUCGCGCUCUCACAGUCAUUGUCCUCAACUUCAACUCCUUCAGGUGCUUUAUCGUAGUCAUUGACUCUUCAGGUGCCUCUCCCUCUCUCCCCGACCUCCUUUCUCUCCCCGACCUCCUUCUCUCCUGCCCUUCUCCCUCUCUCCCUCUUUCGCUGGACCACUGCGGGCCCCUGCUGACCGCUGGUGCCACCAGGUUGAGUUUGGGGUGUUUCUUCAGUGAGCUGGCAGCAGAGAUAGAGCGUCAGGAGAGCCUCUUGCUCUCGUCCCUCUACCCUCUAACCCCUCUCCCUAAUUCCCCCUCCUCCUCCUCCGUCGCCUCCUUUUCCCUUAUUUCCACACAUAGUGAGCUGGCAGCAGAGACAGAGCGUCUGGAGAGUCUACUUGCCUCCCUCUCCGACUUUGCAGCAGAUGAUGACUCCAGCAAGCUCUUUUCGCACGCCCCCUCCCAUCCUUCUCAGUCCCCCACUCAACCCUCUCACUCCUCUCACCCCAAAUCAGCCAUCUAUCCCUCCUCUUAUUCCUCCACCUCCGCUGACCCUCUCGCUCUUGGUCAUUCCCUCUCUCUCCAGCCCUCCCACACUGCCCCCCCUUCCUCCUCCUCUCUUGCUCCUACUCUCACGGGACAGAGGCUUGCAGCUCGUCACGCUUCUGAAUCCUCACCUGCUCUCAUAUCAGCAGCGGAGGCAUCGGCGGGCUCUGUAGUUUCAGGUCGCAUUCAGCGCAUAGAAGGCCCGUGCCUCACACUCUCCUCUGUCAUCAUCCGCACCCCCAACCUCCCCCACACCCUCCACCCCUCCUCGCUCUCCUUCUCCCUCCCCCCCGGCGCAUCCCUCCUCGUCAUGGGACCCUCGGACUGCGGAAAAUCUUCCCUCCUGCGAGCCAUUGCCGGCCUGUGGAAAUUCGGAGAGGGAACCAUCGAGUCCCCGCCGCCCGGAAAAACUUUUUUCCUGCCCCAAAAGCCGUAUAUGCCACUCGGGACGCUCCAGGACCAGCUGGAGCGGGUGGCGUUCGCUCGUCUUCUUCUGCAGCGGCCGUACAUGGCGUUUUUGGACGAGGCGGCGAGUGCUCUGGACGGGGCGAAUGAGGCGCGGCUGUAUGGGAUGAUGCGCGAGAGGGUGAAGUCCGCAUAUUACGGCGCAUUCGACGGCGCGUCUGGCGGCACAAGCUGGAGCGGCAGCUGGUGGUUCGGGAAGCGGGUAGAAAGCGGCGAAUGCGGCGUGAGAUGCGGAACCGAGCUGAAAAAUAUCAGGAGGAGGAAACGGAAGGGUCGCCGGGCAGAUGGAGGAGAAGAACAGGUCCACGUGGCAGGAGAAGAAAACAGUCAGGAAUUCGAUGAUGAGGAUGAGUGGGAGGAGGAGGAGGAGGAGGAGGAGGAGGAGGAGGAGGAGGAGGAGGAGGAGGAGGAGGAGGAGGAGGAGGAGGAGGAGGAGGAGGAGGAGGAGGAGGAGGAGGAGGAGGAGGAGGAGGAGGAGGAGGAUGAGGAGGAGGAGGAAGGAGUGGAGGGAGAAGGAGAUGCGAAGCCGCAGAGGGCGUUUCGUAGGGUUCUUGCGGAUAACUCAAGAGCUCCGUUUCAGCACCUGAAACGAAUUGUAUCGGCUUGUAAUGAGGAUGAGGACGAGAGUGAGGAUUCAGGAGAUCUGCAUCCAUACGGCGACGAGAUCCGCCACCUUAUCCAGAAUCCCCCUUCGCCCAACCACGUGCUGCCACCUGGCACCACAGCACCACCAGCUCUGAAUGACCCAGCUGCUCUGUUCCGCCUGCCAGCUGCUCUGUUCCGCCUGCCAGCUGCUCUGUUCCGCCUGCCAGCUGCUCUGUUCCGCCUGCCAGCUGCUCUGUUCCGCCUGCCAGCUGCUCUGUUCCGCCUGCCAGCUGCUCUGUUCCGCCUGCCAGCUGCUCUGUUCCGCCUGCCAGCUGCUCUGUUCCGCCUGCCAGCUGCUCUGUUCCGCCUGCCAGCUGCUCUGUUCCGCCUGCCAGCUGGUCUGUUCCGCCUGCCAGCUGCUCUGUUCCGCCUGCCAGCUGCUCUGUUCCGCCUGCCAGCUGCUCUGUUCCGCCUGCCAGCUGCUCUGUUCUGCCUGCCAGCUGCUCUGUUCCGCCUGCCAGCUGCUCUGUUCGUCCUGCCUUUGACACCGCCAUACGGCAGGGACUAUAUCAUCGACGCCAUUGCGCUGCAUGACCACAUAGGGGACGCCCUCCGCCCUGUCUUCGCCAACCCGGCCGUCACAAAGCUGUUCCAUGGAGCCGACUCGGACGUGCUCUGGCUGCAACGGGACUUCCACAUCUACACUGUCAACCUCUUUGACACGGCACGGGCCUGCUCGGUUCUCAACAAGCCAUACCGUUCGCUCGCGUUUCUCCUGGACCACUACUGCCACGUCAGCACCGACAAGCGCCUGCAGCUCGCCGACUGGCGCCGCCGCCCGCUGCCGCCUGCAAUGCUACAGUACGCGCGCACGGACUCGCACUACCUGCCGUACAUUGCCGGCCGGCUGCGGUGGGAACUGGUUCAGGCGGACGCAGGGGGAGAGGGGGGAGACGGAGCAUUUGCAAAGGGAAAGGGAGAAGCAGCAGCAGGAGGAGGAGGAGCAGCAGCAGCGGCAGCAGCAGGAGCAGGAGCAGGAGCAGGGGGAGGAGGAAGGAGAGGGUCUAGGCCGGGGCACAGCAGCGGAUCCAAGUAUGAGGAGGCAGUGAGAAGGUCCAAUGCGCUGUGCCUGCAGCUGUAUGAAAAGCCGGGGGAGAGGAGCGCUGGUGCUGCUGACAGGGGUGCAGUUGGAGAGGCCGUGAGAGAGAGGAGAGAGAGGGGGGAGGUGAUAGGAGGGAGUGCUGAGGCGGCAGCAGCAGCUGCGGCAGCACUUUUCCGACAGCUGUUAGGCGUCUGUGGGUAUGUGGGAGGUGCCGCGCUUUCAGGUGGGCCUUCAGGUGAUUCUGCUGGUUCAGGUGCUGCUUCUGCGGCACCUGACGCUGCUGCCACGUCAGCGGGUCAGAAGACGUCGGAUCGGUCCCAGGUGUUACGGGAAGUGAGGGCCGUGCUCGAUGCGGUAACCAGAUGGCGUGACACUGUAGCGCGGGAAGAAGACGAAAGCCUGCGAUUCCUCCUUGCUGACGUGGCAGUGGUCGCCGUGGCGCUCCUACGGCCUGCCACUUGUCAAGAGCUGAUUGGGUGCGUGGGGAAGGCUAUGGCAGCCGCUGCUGCUCUCACGCCGCCCUCUAUGAGAGAAGAGGUCGGCGUUCCUCGGCCUAUUCAAGGAGGCGGGAGUGGAGGGGAGAGUGGAACCGUUGAGUCAACAGAAGGGGCUGCCUUGUCUGCAGCAGUAGCGGAACAACAGGCUACUCCAUCUCAGCCCGCCUCCCCUUCCCCCUCGCCUCCUCUCGUCCGUCGAUCUCCCGAGCUGGUUGCGCUGAUCACCGCCACGUGUCGCGACGUGAGAGGUGGCGACGAGGGGGUGCUUGAUACAACAGGAGCAGCAGAGCGAAACGAGACAGCAGCAGCAGUGAACGGGGGAGCUGAAAGGGCAGUGGCAGCAGCGGCAGCAGUGCAGGCCAGACUAGCAGAGAUCUCGUUCCUCCUCGCCCCGGUGGUCAUUCAGCAGCGGGCGCCAGCAGCUGUGCAGGAGGCGUGGUUAGAAGAAGCAGUCGCUCUCACUGCUGCUGCUGCCGGCCGCCCAGAAGAUGACGAAAACGAGUUCUACAUCCAAUCCAAGUCCAACCGCUGCGUCUCGUGUGGGGAGUCCACCCACUACCUGCGCUACCGCCUCGUUCCCUCCUGCUACCGCCACGCUUUCCCCGAGCAUCUGAAGUCGCACCGGAGCCAUGAUAUCGUGCUGCUGUGCGUUGAUUGCCAUGACGUGGCGCAUCGUGCGGCUGAGAUUUUCAAGCGGGAGGUCGCGCGGAGGUUCGGGGUUCCGUUGCUGCUGUCGCCGCUGGAUCGGAGGUUCGGCGGAGGGUCGGGUGAGGGUGGGGGCGAGGAGGGGGGAGAAGGGGUGGGAGAGGAGGAGAAUGCAGAAGGUAGGGAGGAGGGAGGUGGGGAGAUGGAGGGUGAGGGGAGUGCGAAUGGUGAGCGGAAAGGAGGAAGGGAUGCGCGAGUACAGGCAGCGUUUCUGUUGAACGAUGCUGCCCGGUCAGCAGUGGCAGUUUUACGGCACGGGGCAUCGCUGCCUGAAAGCAGGCUCUGCGAGCUGCUUCUGCCCGUGUGGAAAGUUUUGAAGCGGGCAGCAGGCAGCCCGGUGAAAAUCGAGGAGCUGGAGAUGGUGGUGCAGGCAGGGAAGGGGACCAGAGUGCGGGCAGGAAAAAGAAAAGGUUUGCCCGUUGUGGGCCAAAGGGAGGCUCUACAGAAAGCGUUAGCUGGGCUGGGUGGAGGGGGAGGGGGAGAGGGAGGAGAGAGAGAGGGGGAUGGGAGAAAGGAGGUUGUGCAAGCAAAGGGAGCAGGUGACGGAAAUGAGCUCAAGGGGGCGGAUGCUGGUGCGUGUGAGGGAGUGAGUGAGAAAGUAAGUGAGGGAGAGAGCGACCAAUCCUGCAAGACUCAAGAGGAGGAUACCCUGGGACUAGCAGCACCUGACCUCACCUCACUCAACCUCUCUGCAACCCCCGCCAUCGAGCCAGUCCCUUUAAGGGGCCACUGGGAGCACGGAACAAAGGUUGUAGCGCUGCUGCUGGAGGGGGGUGGGGAGGCGGGGAUAAGGGAGUUCACACAGCAGUGGAGGGAGGUGUUUGUGGCGGCGCUACAGCCGCGCUUCCUGCCGCCCGGGUGGGAUGUGCAGCACUUGGGAAGACGGCAGUUUGGGGAGUUUUCCGUUUACAAUCCACAGAGGCGGCGGUAUGUGAAGGGUGAUGAGGCAGGAGGGGAGGGUGGGGAGGGAGAAGGAAGGGGAGGAGGGGAGGGAGGGGAGGGAGAAGGGGAGGAAGUUUAA